AUGAUGACUGGUGGUAAUGGAGGAGCUAGGGCAUGGAAAAUGGAGAGGAUAUGUGGUGGUAUGGAGAAGACUUGGAUGGCUCGGGAGUAUUCUUUGCUGCAGCUGCCCUUUUCUCCUGCAACUAAUGCUGAUGAGGCCACUAAGACUGCUGCUCACUUCUUAGCAUAUCACAGACGCAUUGCAGAGAGCCUCACAACAGAUGAACUUCGUGAUGACAAUCCUAGGUUGGAGCGCAUGCAGUGGAUCUCGCUUAUUGGUGAUCAAGGAUGGCAUGUAAGCAGAGAAUGGUUGAGACAAGGAACAAGUGGACUGACCACACUCAUUAUAAGGCAUUGCUCACAGAAAUCAAGAUUGUUUGCAAAGCUUGAUCAUUUUUUGGCCAAGCUCCCUUGUCUCUGUGUUCUUGAUCUCUCAUACACUCCACUAGAAUCACUCCAUCCUUACAUCUGCUAUCUCCAAAAACUCCAUUUGCUUUCCCUCAGGGGCUGCUAUAACCUCACAAGUCCAUUCAGCUUUCCAAAUACUGAAGCAACUCUUUCUAAAAAUAAUAGCAACAAAAAGAUCAACUUGCUCUACCUAGAUCUCUCCUAUUCAAAUAUAACCGCUUUCCAGUGCGACUUCUUCCAUAGCAUGCCUAAUCUACAAGAGCUUAUGCUUGUCAAGUGCUCCAACCUUACAGAGUUGCCAGCCUCCACCGUUGCGUUGUCUAGUCUAGCAACACUAGAACUCACAGGGACUCAGAUAAAAUCUUUCCAUUGGGAAGGAUUAAACAGUCUUCGAUCACUGAAGCUAAUUGACAACAGGAAAUUGUUAUCGCUCAUAGGGUCAAUGUCUAAAGCCCGUGGCUUUAUCGAUCAACAUACCGAAGGAUGGGAGUCGAGUGUGGAGGAAGCGAUAACAUUGGAAGGGCAUCCUACCUUGAGAUCAUUCUCAUUAAUUGAUACGCCUCUCGUAAGGCGAAUAUCCUUGCACAGAUGUAGAAAGCUAGAGUUCGUGGACAUUAAGGAGGUUGGUGCUUUGGAGGAGCUAGAUUUGUCUUCCACAGCCAUCAAGGAUCUCCCAGCUGAUAUACCUAAUCUGCCCAAGCUUGGGAAAUUGCUUAUCAUGGAUGUUCCUUCCCUAAGAAGAUUUCCUUGGCAUGAGCUGCGGCGACUCCCAGAUGUGUUUUGCUUGGCGCAAUGCUACAGACAUGGUAAUCAAUCCAAUCUACCAGUUGAUCUCAAUCCACAAGUUGCUCAGGUGUGCAUCAGUGAUUCCAGAUUGUUUCAUAGCUUCAGGAGGUACAAUCCUAGUAAAAAGGUUUUCAAAUCUUUUUACGUUCGAGUUACACCAUGCAAGACCAGAAUUACGAAGAUGAUCGACAAAGAGGACAUGGUGACCACGAACAAGCUUAAGGUAUUGGUGUCGGCCUAUGCUGACGUUAGCUGUCACUAUCUCUCUUUUGUACCAUUGGACGUGAAAUCUCCCUUUCAGGAGACCGAUCGCCAUGUGGAGAUAUCAGCAGUGGACCGGUAUCCCGAAGGUCUAAAGAAUCUUCUGGAAGUCACCAAAUCGAUUAGCCUGAUGUAUGAUACUCAAGUCUCCUGCCUCAAUGAUUUGGCUUCUUUGUUUGAAGAGCUGGAGGAAUGCAAGCUCCUACGGUGCCAUCGGAUGGUACAUGUCUUUCAGGGACGGUACGGCGCGGGCUCUCUGAAGAACGCAUGCGUCUCGCAUCUCAAAAGUCUAACCCAUUUCUACAGACUACCGGCAGGGGCAAUAAUAUAUGACUUCGGUGCCCUGAAGCACCUCCGCUUAGAGCACUGCCCGAGGUUGGAGGGCGUCAUGCUACGUGACUCCGCGCUGCCAAGUCUCGUGACACUUGACAUCCUCUUCUGCUACAACCUCAAGGCAAUUUUCUACGACAACGGUGGGCACUCUCCGUACCAGCUCCAGGAGCUGCCAUUGCUGGAGCAUCUCCGCGUCGGUGAUGACAUGGUCUUGACCGCGCCCGCCUGGGAGGAGCUCUACGUCCGUGGGUGCUGGAGCUUGCGCCACCUCCCACGCCUGCGCCAACGACCAGGCAAGGUGAAGGUGAGCGGGGAGCGAGCCUGGUGGGCCAAGCUGCACUGGGACGACCGCGACGACGAUGAGGCGCCUCCACGCCACCACAGCUACGAGCCAAGGCUUCCCCCGGCUUUCGCCUCCUUGCGCGAGCGCGUCGUCAUCAAGACCUACCUCAGAUGAAGGUAUACCAUCAUGCAAAGUCGCAUAUACCCAUCCAUCCAUCCUUAUUGUUCCGAUUGCGCAUAUCCAUCCCACCAGCUUCCACACCAAUGAUCCAUUCGUUCCACAGCAACCUGCGUCCCAUUCAUACUGCACUCACCACUCACUGCACCAGAGUUCCACUCACUCACUCACCACUUCACCAGACACCAAGUGUGCCCCUCCAGUCUCGCCUGCAUCUGCAUACGCGUGUCUCCCAAAAAUUCCAAUGGUUUCAAGUAGUACUGCUAAAUAAGGUUUAUGCCGCCGGCCCGUUGAUCGGCCCUUCCGGUGGCGGCUAAACCAGCUUGCAUUAUAUUGCAGCGUGUACUAGCUUGCUUCAGGUUGUUCAGCGACCUGGCUUGCCCGAGUGAAACUGAUUCAGUAAGUUAAUUUGUUUGCUACAAUAAUAUUUGAGUGUGAGCAAUGUGAUGUUGAACCCCGUUUGUUGUUU